AUGGAUAAAUCAACAAAACGGCCUGACAAGAUCCCAUCACCUAUUAGAUCACUCCAAGAUCUGACGAUUAUCGAAGCCUGGGACACAGAAACGAACAAGCCUAAAUAUGUCACAUUCUAUCAUGUUACCCCCGAAGAAGAAGUGUUCUUUGCCCAGUCGACAAAAAACAAAAUGGAAUUAAGUCUUGCAGAGUUCACCGCAGCCCUGCAUCAUGUUCGAGAUGAAGAGAUUUACCCCGAAGUCCCUAAGGACGCCAACCUCAAACUGGCACCCGAUCAUAUCGAUGGCAGUUUGGUGUACAUCAAAAGACCAGGCCUCAAUAAUUAUGAGACGAUGAAGGGAACCGAUUUUAUCCCUAAAGAACUCUUAGCUGAAACACUUACGAUGGAAAAGGUAUCUCAGACGCCACAUCCCCAUAUUGUGGGCUAUUAUGGCUGCCGUGUCAGGCGUGGACGCAUAACAUCGAUAGUCCUUGAGAAGCUGGAUCAAACACUACAACAAUACUCGAGCACUCCCGAAUUUAAAAAGCUGGAUAAGCUCAAAUUUCUCGAGGCUCUCGAAUCAGCGGUGCAUCACAUCCACUCACUGGGCCUAGCUCACAACGACAUCAACCCACACAACAUUAUGGUGAAGGAUGGAAUACCGGUGCUGAUUGACUUUGGGUCAUGUCAGCCUGUAGGGCAGCGGCUUCAGUCACUUGGGACGGAAGGGUGGUAUGAGGAACUGUUCUUUACUUCUGAGACAAAACAUGACACGUACUCUUUGAACAAACUUCGAGACUGGAUUCAAAACUAG